GCCUGCCGGUUCUCUGGUUUGGCCGGUUAGAAGGCCGCUUUGGUCUGGGAAACGCGCGCGGAUUGUCUGGGGCCAUGAGGAAGCUCACCGCUGGCUUCCUUCUCUCGCUCCUGAAGGUGCUGCUCCUGCCUCCGCCAACUACCUCAGCCCAGGAUUCCAUUUCGGCCUCCACUCCAGGCAGCCCUCUCUCUCCCACCGAAUAUGAACGCUUCUUCGCACUGCUGACCCCUACCUGGAAGGCAGAGAUUACCUGCCGUCUCCGUGCAACCCACGGCUGCCGGAAUCCCACCCUUGUCCAGCUGGACCAAUAUGAGAAUCACGGCUUGGUGCCUGAUGGCGCUGUUUGCUCCGACCUCCCUUAUGCCUCCUGGUUUGAGUCCUUCUGCCAGUUUACUCAGUACCGUUGCUCUAACCGCGUCUACUAUGCCAAGAGAGUCCGAUGCUCCCAGCCAGUCUCAAUUCUCUCACCUAACACUCCCAAGGGGAUAGACUCUUCUGCUGAAGUCCCGCCUACCACAAUGACCUCCCCCAUGUCAUCACACAUCACAGCCACAGAACAGCAGGCCUUCCAGCCCUGGCCCGAACGGCUCAACAACAACGUGGAAGAGCUGCUGCAGUCCUCCUUGUCCCUGGGAGGCCAGGAGCAAGGGUCAGAUCACAAGCAAAAUCAAGGGCAGGAGCAAGAACAAGAACAUAAGCAGGAGAAAGGGCAGGAGCAAGAGGAGCAGGAGGAGGAGGAGGAGCAGGAGGAGGAGGGGAAGCUGGAGGAAGGAGAGGGGACAGAGAAGGGACUGGAGGCCAUGUCUGGGCUGCAGACGGACUCAGAGCCCAAGUUCCAGGCCCAAGUUUUAUCUUCCAAGCCUUUCUCCUUUACUCCCCGGGUGAGGGAAGUGGAGACUACACCUAUGAUGAUGGAGACUAUUCAGGAACUCAUUCGAUCUGCCCAGAAAAUGGAUGAAAUGAGUGAUGCAUAUGAUGAGGAUUCCACCUGGAAAAGCCAAAACUCUGGCAGCCUCCUGCAGCUGCCCCAUGUGGAGGCCUUGCUGGUGAUGUGCUAUUCCAUUAUGGAGAACAGUUGCAUCAUGACCCCCACAGCCAGGGCCUGGCGGCACUUGGAGGAUGAGAUCCUUGGUUUCGGGAAGACGGUCUGUGACAGUCUUGGGCGGCAGCACACAGCUACCUGUCCCCUCUGUGACUUCUGCUCACUGAAGCUGGAGCAAUGCCACUCAGAGACCAACCUACAGCGGCAGCAGUGUGACAACGCCCACAAAACACCCUUCAUGAGCCCCUUGCUUACAUCUCAGAGCUUGUCUGUUGGCACCCAGAUGGGGACUGUACAAUCGGGCCGCUUUUAUGGGCUGGAUUUGUACGGUGGUCUCCGCAUGGACUUUUGGUGUGCCCGACUAGCCACAAAGGGCUGUGAAGAUAAUCGAGUUGCCAGCUGGCUCCAGACUGAGUUCCUUAGCUUCCAGGAUGGGGAUUUCCCUACCAAGAUUUGUGACACAGACUAUGUGCAGUACCCGAACUACUGUGCCUUCAAAAGCCAACAGUGUCUGAUGAGAAACCGGGAUAGGAAGGUGUCCCGUAUGAGAUGUCUGCAGAACGAGACUUACAGUGUCUUGUCCCCAGCCAAAAGCGAGGAACUUGUGCUUCGAUGGAGCCAGGAGUUUAGCACCUUGACUCUAAGUCAAGCCGGAUGAGCUGGGGUUCGUCCUGUCCCCACCCCAGCCUAACAUUUUCACAUUCUCCAUUGCUUUCAGACUCUGUUUGUCAAUUUGCUUCUAGGCUGCCCCUUUUGGGGUUUUUAACCUGGCCCAUACUCACGUUUUCCCUGAGUUGGGGCAGUAGUUCCAGAGAGGUCCAUGAUGGUAACUUAAAGGAUGUCUUUGCAUAAAAUGUUUGUUUUCAACCUGUGUGGCCUAUUUUGGUUAUGAUCCCAUCCUCAGCACAGUGUCCCGUGGGAAUCAAUCCACCAUCCCUCGAGGCUUAUGGAUCCGUCUGCUGGUAAAAAAUCCUCGUGGGAAUGGUGCUCAGG